CUGAGUGAACUGGAUCUCUGGGUCCCCUAACCUUCCUCCCCGUCUCCAGGACCUGAGCGUGUUGCUCGGAGUGGAGGUGUCUGCAGAGCUGCCAGCUGGAAGGAGGCGGCAUGGGAACUCCCAGAGCGCCACAGGGAUCCCCACGGCUGGGCAGCAGGAGAGGGAGGACGAGCUCCCCCAGAUCUGGCCAAGUCCUCUCCUGGCAUUGCCCUGGGCCCCGAGUUCCCUCGCAGGUCCGCGAGGGCGAGCUGGACCGCCCGAACAAACGGGAAAAGGAAGGGGCCUUGCAAGGAUGAACGGGGUACCCAGACCCACGAACAAAAGACAUGGGCUUUGCUCGUGAUGCUCGAGGAGUGUGUGGCACGCAAGGCGGGGACGCUGUCCCCCGCCUAGGAGAUGGCCCGGGCUCCUGGCAACACGCACCAGGCGUCGCACGCGGGAGCAGGCAGGAGGGGUGGGCGCGAGCGCGCGGGGUCUCACGCAGCCCGGAGGCGCGGCACGCAUGCUCAGUCCCGCGCUUCCCCGGGCGGGCGGGGGACCCGGCGCCGGGAGGCGGGGGCAGGAGCGCUCACGCAGCCGCCCCGACUGGAGCGGGCUCGGCGGCUGCAGCAUCGCUCAGCGCCGGGGCCCUGCCGGAGCCGGGUCUAGCAUGUGCCGCGGCUCCCCGGCGGUGGCGGUAGCUCCUCUGCAGCAGCGGCAGCAGCAGCAGCCGCCAUGGCCAAGUCCAGCACGGAGCUCACCCGCGAGCUGCAAGACAGCAUCCGGAGGUGCCUGAGCCAAGGGGCUGUGCUCCAGCAACAUCGCGUGAAGCUGGAGACGAAGCCCAAGAAGUUUGAGGACCGAGUGCUGGCCCUGACCUCCUGGCGCCUCCACCUCUUCCCCCUGAAAGUCCCAGCCAAGGUGGAGAGCUCCUUCAAUGUCCUGGAGAUCCGGGCCUUCAACACACUCAGUCAGAACCAGAUCCUAGUGGAGACAGAACGAGGCAUGGUGAGCAUGCGGCUGCCAUCAGCUGAGAGUGUGGACCAAGUGACGCGACAUGUGAGCUCAGCCCUCUCCAAGGUCUGCCCUGGCCCUGGGUGUCUAAUCCGGCGUGGAAAUGCAGACACUCCAGAAGGGCCCCGAGACACAUCCCCCAACUCUGAGACUUCCACAUCUACCACUCACAGUGUGUGUGGUGGCUUCUCCGAGACCUACGCUGCCCUGUGUGACUACAAUGGGCUGCACUGCCGGGAGGAGGUGCAAUGGGAUGUGGACACCAUCUAUCAUGCCGAGGAUAACCGCGAGUUCAACCUUUUAGAUUUCAGCCACUUGGAGAGCCGAGACUUGGCCCUAAUGGUGGCAGCCCUGGCCUACAACCAGUGGUUCACCAAACUCUACUGCAAGGACCUGCGGCUGGGCUCUGAAGUGCUAGAACAGGUGCUACAUACCCUGAGCAAGUCGGGGAGCCUCGAAGAGCUGGUGCUGGACAACGCUGGACUGAAGACGGACUUUGUCCAGAAGCUGGCCUGCGUGUUUGGGGAGAACGGAAGCUGUGUGCUACAUGCCCUCACUCUGUCCCACAAUCCCAUCGAGGACAAGGGUUUCCUCAGUCUGAGCCAGCAGCUCCUCUGCUUCCCCACGGGCCUCACCAAACUGUGCCUGGCCAAGACCGCCAUUUCUCCUCGAGGGCUCCAGGCGCUGGGCCAGACCUUCGGGGCCAACCCGGCCUUUGCCAGCUCCCUUCGAUACCUGGACCUGAGCAAGAACCCUGGGCUGCUUGCCACAGACGAGUCCAAUGCCCUGUACAGUUUCCUGGCCCAGCCCAACGCUCUGGUGCACCUGGACCUGGCAGGGACUGACUGCGCCAUUGACUCGCUUCUGGGUGCCCUGCUCCAUGGCUGCUGCUCCCACCUAACCUACCUCAACCUGGCGCGUAACAGCUGCUCUCACAGGAAGGGCCGGGAGGCCCCACCAGCCUUCAAGCAGUUCUUCAGCAGCGCCUACACGCUGAGCCACGUCAACCUGUCUGCCACAAAGCUGCCCCUGGAGGCCCUCAGGGCGCUGCUGCAGGGCCUGUCCCUCAACAGCCACCUCAGUGAUCUGCACCUGGACCUCAGCGGCUGUGAGCUCCGCUCAGCAGGAGCCCAGGCUUUGCAAGAGCAAUUGGGGGCUGUCACCUGUGUGGGCAGCCUGGAUCUGUCAGACAAUGGGUUUGACUCCGACCUCCUGACACUGGUGCCCGCACUUGGCAAGAACAAGUCCCUCAAGCACCUGUUCCUGGGCAAGAACUUCAAUGUCAAGGCCAAGACCCUGGAGGAGAUCCUCCACAAGCUGGUGCAGAUGAUCCAGGAAGAGGACUGUUCCCUGCAGUCACUGUCCGUGGCGGACUCCCGGCUGAAGCUGCGCACCAGCAUCCUCAUCAAUGCCCUGGGCAGCAACACCUGCCUGGCCAAGGUGGAUCUGAGCGGCAACGGCAUGGAGGACAUUGGGGCCAAGAUGCUGUCUAAGGCCCUGCAGAUAAACUCCUCCCUCAGAACUAUCCUGUGGGAUCGGAACAAUACAUCUGCCCUGGGCUUUCUGGACAUUGCGAGGGCCCUGGAGAGCAACCACACGCUGCGCUUCAUGUCCUUCCCCGUGAGCGACAUCUCCCAAGCCUAUCGCAGCGCCCCCGAGCGCACUGAGGACGUCUGGCAGAAGAUCCAGUGGUGCUUGGUGAGGAACAACCACUCCCAGACGUGUCCCCAGGAGCAGGCCUUCAGGCUGCAGCAGGGCCUGGUGACCAGCAGCGCCGAGCAAAUGCUGCAGCGGCUGUGUGGACGCGUGCAGGAGGAGGUCCGGGCCCUGAGGCUGUGCCCCCUGGAACCCGUGCAGGAUGAGCUGCUCUACGCUCGGGACCUCAUCAAAGACGCCAAGAACUCCCGGGCGCUGUUUCCCAGCCUCUAUGAGCUGGGGCACGUGCUGGCCAACGACGGGCCUGUGCGGCAGAGGCUGGAGUCCGUAGCCAGUGAGGUGUCCAAGGCUGUGGACAAGGAGCUGCAGGUGAUCCUGGAGUCCAUGGUCAGCCUCACGCAGGAGUUAUGUCCCGUGGCCAUGCGGGUAGCUGAGGGGCACAACAAGAUGCUGAGCAAUGUGGCCGAGCGCGUCACUGUGCCCCGAAACUUCAUCCGCGGGGCGCUGCUGGAGCAGGCCGGCCAGGACAUUCAGAACAAGCUGGAUGAAGUGAAGCUCUCAGUCGUCACCUACUUAACCAACUCCAUAGUGGAUGAGAUCCUGCAGGAGCUAUACCACUCACACAAGAGCCUGGCCCGGCACCUGGCCCAGCUAAGGACACUAUCAGAUCCAUCAGGGGGACCGGGCCAAGGACAGGAUCUGUCCUCCCGGGGCCGGGGCCGGGGCCGUAACCAUGACCACGAGGAGACCACAGAUGAUGAACUUGGGACUAACAUCGACACCAUGGCCAUCAAAAAGCAAAAACGCUGCCGCAAGAUCCGGCCAGUGUCCGCCUUCAUUAGUGGGAGCCCUCAGGACAUGGAAAGCCAGCUGGGGAGUCUGGGGAUCCCUCCUGGUUGGUUCUCAGGACUUGGGAACAGCCAGCCCACUGCCAGUGGCUCCUGGGAAGGUCUAUCCGAGCUUCCCACUCACGGCUAUAAACUAAGGCAUCAAACACAAGGCAGACCCCGGCCCCCCAGGACCACCCCUCCAGGACCUGGUCGGCCCAGUCAGGUGCCCGUGCCUGGGACGCGUCAGGAGAAUGGGAUGGCCACCCGCUUGGAUGAGGGGCUGGAGGACUUCUUCAGCCGAAGGGUCAUGGAUGAGAGUUCCAGCUGCCCUCGGACCCUGCGGCCCCUGCGGCCAGGCCUCCCGGAGCCUCCACUGCCUCCACUGCAGAAGAAGAGGCGCCGAGGCCUGUUUCACUUUCGUCGGCCCCGGAGCUUCAAGGGGGACAGGGGGCCAGGGUCCCCCACCACCGGACUCCUCCUCCCUCCACCCCCACCCCCACCCCCAACUCAGGAGAGCCCCCCCAGCCCAGACCUGCCCAGCCUCGGCAACAACUCUUCCCCCUGCUGGAGCCCAGAGGAGGAGAGCAGCCUGCUCCCUGGACUGGGGGGGAACCGGGGGCCUUCCUUCCGCAGGAAGAUGGGUUCUGAGGGGUCAGAGCCAGGGGAAGGGGGCCAGGCCCCUGGGACAGCACAACAGCCAAGAGUCCAGGGUGUUGCCCUUCCUGGGUUGGGAAGAACCAAAGGUUGGAGCUUCGAUGGGAAACAAGAGGGCACAAGCCCAGACCUGGAGGGCAGCGUCCAGGCUUGGCAGAAACGGCGCUCUUCGGAUGAUGCAGGGCCUGGAGCCUGGAAGCCGCCACCACCACCUCAAAGCACCAAGCCGAGCUUCAGCGCCAUGCGCCGUGCAGAGGCCACCUGGCACAUAGCUGAGGAGAGUGCCCCCAACCACAGCUGCCAGAGCCCCAGCCCCUCCUCCCAGGAUGGGGAGGAAGAGAGGGAGAGGACCGUUCCCGCUAGGAAUGCCAAGCUGCAGGACCCCCCAUUAGCUCCACGGCCCCCCAAGCCAGUGGCUGUGCCCAGGGGCCGCCGUCCCCCCCAGGAGCCAGGGGGCAGGGAAGAGGCUGAGGCUGGGGGUGCAGCCCCAGGAAUGAACAAACCCCGGCUGAGGCUGGGCUCACAGCAGGACCAAGAGGAGUCCGAGGUCCAAGGGCUCUUAGAUCCAGGCCGCCGGACUGCCCCCCUGAAGCCCAAGAGGACACGGCGGGCACAGUCCUGUGACAAGCUGGAGCCUGAUAGAAGACAGCCCCCUGACUCCACAGGUGCCGCAGGAACCAGUGAGCCAGGAACAGACUGACAGCCGCUGCUGCACCCUCCCCAGCCCUCCUCUCGACAUGUGCCUCACAAGGACUGACCCCCUACCCCCUGCACCUCCAGGCCCCUCUGCCAGCCCAUCCCACGGGGGCUGGAUGGCAAGAUGAGGUGUGGGGGCGAGAGGGGGACAGGGAGGGAGGGAGCAACCUGGAAAGAGGGAGGCUCUG